AUGUCUACGGAAAACGUGUCCGCCGCCACCCCUGAAAAGGCUGAACAGGCCGAGGCGCCAGCCUUGACGCCGGAGACUCCCCUCGCCAAAUUCACGGCGCGUCUGGCCGACAUCACCAAGGAGUCGGCUCACAGCGAGAUGUGGGGUGUCGAGCUUUCGAGCAAUGCCAGCCAUGCCCCGACUCAGGUCAUUCUCCAGAAGUUCCUGCGCGCCAACAAUGGCGAUUUGGCCAGUGCUGAGAAGCAGCUUGCCGCCGCUCUGGCUUGGCGAGAGAAGUGGCAGCCGGCAAAGCUCGUGAGCGAGGCCUUCAACAAGGACAAGUUUGGCGGCCUCGGCUUCGUGACGAACCACAAGGAUGAGGCCGGCAACAACACCGUCAUUACUUGGAACAUUUACGGCUCCGUCAAGGACAACAAGGCCACCUUUGGAGACGUCACCGAGUUCAUCAAGUGGCGCGCCGCUCUCAUGGAAUUGGGCGUGCAGCAGCUCCAUCUCAACGACAUCACGGAGCCCCUCCCAGAGGAUGGCACCGACAAGCAUCAGAUGCUUCAGGUGCACGACUACAAAUCAGUCAGCUUCUUCCGCAUGGACCCCGCCGUCAAGGCCGCCAGCAAGGAGACUAUCUCUGUCUUCUCCAUGGCCUACCCAGAGCUGCUAGCGCACAAGUACUUUGUCAAUGUGCCUGCCAUUAUGGGUUGGAUGUUUGGAGCCAUGAAGCUUUUCCUCGCGCCAGCCACUUUGAAGAAGUUCCACCCGAUGACAUCUGGCACUACUCUAUCUACGGAGCUCAAGAGCAUUGCCCCCUCAUUGCCCAAGGAGUACGGAGGCAGCGGCUCUCCCGUUCAGGAAGGAAUCACGGUGACGCUCGCCGAGUCUACCGAGGCAGCAAAGGCGGAGGCCGCUGUAGAGCCCAAGUCCGAUGCCGUUGUCGCUCCUGUUGAGGCUCCCGUUGAGGCCACCGCACAAGCAAACGAGACUGCAGUCGCGGAACCUCAAACAGUGGAUAUUCCUAUUAGGCCCAAGGAAGAGGAAGCUUCUGUGGAGGCCAAGAAAGAGGAAGCCCCUGCCCCUGCCCCUGUUGAGCCGGAGGCCAAGGCUGAGGAGGCCAAGUCUCCUGUCGAGGAGGAGACCAAGCAAGAGACCGAGGGAAAGAAGGAGACUGAGCAAGUACCCGUCGCUGCUGAUGGUGCCCCAAAGGAGGCUGAGGCUGCGCCCAAGGAAAUUGAGGCCGUUGAGGCCGCGCAGCCGGAGAAGUCGGCUUAA